GUUGCCCCAAUGAAGACCCACGUAGCGGGGCAUCACCGAUCCCCAACGGACCAACAGAACUCCCACGGGGACCCAUGGAAAAGGUCGCUGUUAGACCUCAGUCUAACAUCUAAAGAGAGGAACGUAUCAAACUUCAAACUUGCACCAGUCACCAAGGGAAUAAGAGACUGACUGUAAUCAAAAAAAGGGGGGGAUAAUAGAGGCUUACAAAACGACAGACAAAGGAACACUGAUCUUGUUCUGAUCCACCAAGCGGAGAACUCCAGACUCACUCUGGCUGGACAGAAGGGACCCAGAGAAGGACAUUAAUUUCCCCCUUGGGGUUUCGAGAAGACCUGCACCCAAAGCUGUCAGGAGAGAGUGGUAGGAGGAUUAAUUGACCCAUGUGGACUUUGGGGCGAUGAAUGCUGUUUGCCCCGUGCUGAUUGGCUGGCUGGCUGUGGCUGUGUGGUUGGGGGUUGGGCAGGUACGAUGUCAGCAGCUGAAGCAGGCCCAGGCACCCCUGCUGCCACACAAGCCCUUCAUCGUGGUGUGGAAUGCCCCCACCGAGUCCUGCCGCCUGCGUUUCAAGGUGGACCUGGACCUCAGCGUCUUUGACAUCGUGGCCAACUUCAACGAGACUCUGAGCGGACCCAACGUCACCAUCUUUUACCACUCCCACCUGGGCUACUACCCCUACUACACCCAAGCCCUGACGCCCGUUAAUGGCGGCCUGCCGCAGAACCAGAGCCUCACCAAGCACCUCAACAAGGCCCGAUCGGACCUCGACAAACUCAUCCCCUUUAAGGACUUCAAGGGCCUGGGAGUGAUCGACUGGGAGAACUGGCGGCCGCAGUGGGUACGCAACUGGGGCCCCAAGGACAUCUAUCGGAACAAGUCCAAAGAGCUGAUGAGGAAGGUCCACCCCACCUGGCCCGACAGCAAGGUGGAGAAGGAGGCCAAGGAGCUGUUUGAGAGGGCGGGCCAGGCCUUCAUGAACUCCACCCUGCUGCUGGCGGAGAGCCGGAGGCCCCACGGCCUCUGGGGCUUCUACCUGUUCCCCGACUGCUACAACUACGGCUACAAGCAGCACCCGCACAGGUACACGGGCGAGUGCCCCAACGUGGAGCACGUGCGCAACGACCACCUGAUGUGGCUGUGGAAGGAGAGCACGGCUCUCUACCCCUCCAUCUACCUGGACUACGAACUGAAGUCGACGCCCAACACCGUCAAGUUCGUCCACUACCGCGUGAAGGAGGCCAUGAGGAUCGCGUCCAUCGCCCGCAGUGACUUCGCGCUGCCCGUUUUUGUCUACUCCAGGCCUUUCUAUGCCUAUACCUUCCACGUCCUCUCAGAGAGGGACCUAGUUCACACCAUUGGUGAGAGCGCCGCCCUGGGGGCAGCGGGGGUAGUGCUGUGGGGGUCUUCGGAAUACGCCCGCUCUCAGAGGAACUGUCUGGCAGUGAAGAAGUACAUCGAUGGACCCCUGGGCCAUUACGUCAUCAACGUGACAUCAGCGGCCAAGCUGUGCAGCAAGGCGCUGUGCAAGAAGAACGGGAAGUGCGUGCGGAAGAGCCUGGAGUCUGGGGCCUACCUGCACCUCAACCCCCGCUUCUUCCGCAUCCGCAGCAACCUGGGCCCCCAGGGGCCCCGCUUCCACGUCAGCGGGCACCUCAACAACGACGACAUCCUGGACAUGAAGCACAAGUUCACCUGCCAGUGCUAUCAGGGCUGGACGGGCAUCUUCUGCGAGAUGCCCGAGGCCCCGCCCUUGCCCCCGCGGCCCCAGGACAGCCUCCUGACUGACAUCCUGGUCAUCCUAUCCAUCCACUUCUCCUGCCUGUCCGUCAUCACCUUCCUUGGCCUCUGCCUCAUCAUCAAAUGCCUGAUUCUGUAGGGGAGGGUACAUGGCUUGAGUAAACAUCUUGCAUUAUAGUGUAGAAUCCAAUAAGGCAUUAUUAUUGUCAUAGUCACCAACAUCACUCAGCUAAAGGGCUCUUUUUGACUAUAGAGUUACUAUUGGAGUAGCAAGUUUUCAUAACGUCCUUAAACUUUUUGAAGUUAUAAAGCACUUUAUCCACCUCGAAAACACUGUAGACACGUUUGUUAAUAACUUUAAUAUAAAUUAUCCAAAUUUUCCCUCCCUUCUAGCUAGCCAUGGCCGGAAAUAAAUAGCAAAAAAUAAUAUAAUUUUGGUGUUGUUUCUUUAAAGAAUAUAUUUCAUGACUAAGCAUGGCCGUUUUUAACUACUGCCACCUACUGCAGUACAUGGUAAGUACAUAUGGUUACAGUACCACAUUUUGAUGGUGCAACAUUUAAGCAUGUGAGUCAACUAGGUACCAGCCUUAAUGGUUUAAGUUUUAUUAAAUUUUUUGUCUGUUUUCUUGGACCUAACAUACGGUAAAAAUCAUAUAAAAUUGUUGCAUACUCUGACUGACCGCCCUUAAGAAUGGGUAUGUCAACAAAUGAGAAAGCCACAUGUGCAGUUAGCAGGGCUGGCGUGAACACAUUCUUCCAAAUAAUAUUCCAAGUUGUGUGCCCUCAGAUUUGAGUCAUAAAGUUGAGCAGGUCAAGCAAAUAUUACAACAGGACCUACACCAGUAAUAAUAAUAAAUGUAAUUGUAUAUAUAUAAAGAAGAGUGGAACGUCGUGUUGACUAGCUUUGUCAUCGCGGAUCCUAACAAGCUCUUUGUUUCUCAUCAGUCGCCACACACACACACACACACACACACAAUUUAAUUACAAUAAUUACUCAAUGUGAUUUGUUGGGGGACUGUUAUGACACCGUGCGCGGACUGUGUGCCCGUCGAAGGAGAAAACAGAAUCUGACGUACGGAGCGACUCCAUCUGGGGAGAAGCUAUAUAUAUUAAGGCCACGGUAAUGAGAGUGUGUGCAACAGCUCAAUGGUAAUUACCAGAGAAGAGUGGGGUGGGUGGGGGGGGUGUUUUUACAGUUGUAAUGAAGGAGUGGAAGAGUAAUGGAUGAGAGAGAUGGGGGGAGGUGGGCUGUGGUCUGCGAACACGUAAUGAGUGGGCUGGGCACACCGACACUUCUCGGCUCCCAAAUUGUUCCUCAUCCCCUAAAUUGAGGACAAAUUAUGGUGUCGACCAUUUUGAAGGGAGUCUCAGUUCCAGCACAGCAAAAGUAGGCUAGCGUACUACUUAAGUGCUCAGCGAAUGUAAUACGCUCGCACCUACUGUGCUGCUAUUACGUCUUUACAU